GGGGAUUAUGAAUCUCAUUACUAGACGCCACAUCCUUCUGCAUCAUGGCUGGGUUGAGUUCAACCGUCUACACGAUCGGAGCGGUGCCUUUCAACACCUCCGAAGUCAGUGGACAUUGCGGAGCAGAUGGAAUGUGUUGCAGGAUUGUCAUGCUCGAAACUUGACUCCACAGAGAUAUUGCUCAAAGCCGCAGAUUUCCUCUCACACGUGCAUGUUAGAGCCCGGAUGAUACAUCUAGUUGCCCGAAAGAAAAGAACAUGAGACCCGAAGGACUGAAGCCGCUCUUGACUCUGUUCAUUCAGCCGCUCACCAUGUUGCUGCGCAAGAUGAUAUCACUGUGGUCUGCAUGCGCCUUCAUCUCCCAAGGAUGGACCAAGUCUCUGGGAGAUGGAUACACACAGAUCGGAGCUGGACCGCUCAACAUUUCAAUCUCGCAACCUGGAGUCCCUUUUGCUCCGUCUCCCCUCCCGCCCUCGAGCGCAGCUUCUGAUCCAGAUGGACUCGCAGCUGCAUUCUUGAACCUCGGUCGAACCACACAGUGGGACCUCAUCUCUGCAGUCCAACUCCAAGGCGAUACCUGGGAACCGGAGGGUAUGGUGAAACUAGGUGAUGACCGGAUCAUUAUCUCUGCUGGGGAAUACACUGCUCCGACCAUUCCAUUCGGCAGAGACGCCAAUGGCACCCCGAUCAUCCGCAACGGAACGGACCGCGCGAACGGAGCUGGAUUUGCCCAUUUGAUCCUGUUCAACUCGACAGAUGGGACCCGCAUAGCCGAUGCCACAUUGACUGAACGUGGAUCCCAAGAGUAUCAUAAUGGCGGAUGUGAUUAUGAUGGACAGUGGAUCUGGUGUACGAUCGCUCAGUAUCGUCCAAACUCCACAGCGACACUCGUCAAAGUCGAUCCAAUGACUUUGAAGCCCACCCCCGUAGCCCGGAUCGCCGAUCACGAAGGAGGCGUGAUACACGAUACGAGGACUGAUCAUCUGGUCACGCUGAACUGGGGAAGUCGAAACGCAUCAACUUGGAGCUCGAGACGGCAAUACUCUCUCGAAGGGUUUUCUAGACCUGUGAAAGUGGUUCGAAACCCAAGCUAUUUUGUCGAUUAUCAAGAUUGUAAAUUUGUGGGAUACCCUUCGUGUCUCGGCUCAAAGUCUAUUGCACUUUGCUCAGGCGUAGCAACGAUCGGAUCCGGCAAUUCAUCUUACAAUCUCGGUGGCAUCGCGUUGGUCGAUACCGAAACGAUGGAUCCUCUGGUGGAAGUUCCCAUCGCAUGGCCAGCGAAGUAGAUGUCAGGAUGACUCAAAAUCCAGUCGAAGUGGCGGUGGUGGACGGCAAGUUGAGAAUGUACUGGGCGCCAGAUCAACACAACACGGCACUGUAUGUGUACGAAGCUCGACCUCGGAGUCCAUUUGAGUACGGAGGAUCCGGCGGUGGAUGGUUGUAGCUCUAACAACGCGCGUCAGAGUCAUGUGCAUGUGAUUGUCUGCGUUUUGUAUCUUGCCGCCACAAAACCCCGCUAGCUGCCCCUGUCCGUCACGCUGCUCCCGCUUUUUGUUGCCCUGAAAAUUCCAUUUAUUUAUAAAUCUGGGAGAC